UUGGCCCUCUUUGGAGGAACGAGGCUUUUGCCGCCUCCCUCUCUGUGCUGCACAGGAACCUCACCUGCAGCCUCGCGCAUGGGUGCCUUCCAGCUGCCUUGCAGAAAACUCCCUUGCGUGGUGCUCAGGGGACAGGGCGCCUGCCUGCUUCCCAGGGAGGGACCCUCCUUUGCCCUUCUGGAGAAGCCUCAGAAGCCAGGGAAACUUCCCAACUGGAUAUGGCUCUGUGGGUCCUCCCACAGGGCCUGUGGCCAGCCUCGUUGUGGGCUGCACAGAAUGGCUUUCUUCGGGCCUUCUUGGCUCUCCUGACAUUCUGCCCUGCUGCCCGGGGAGGGCUGGCCAAGACAGGAAGGGUGUUCCCUGAAAGCCCAGCAGGAUAGAACUCCUCUCCUGCUAUCAGGGAGGAGGAGGCACGAUUGCCUCCUCAGGAGAGCCCCUGGGCAGGAGAUCGGAGGUGUGGGCGGGCUGCACCCUGCAUCAUGACCGCCGUCCCUGAGUGGCCAGACUUCCUGCCCUGUGCCAUACCCCCUUCCACAGCCUCGGGUAGCAUUUUCUGCACAGUCUUCUGCUUGUCUGCAGGCUGGCCUGGGGGAAUGGGGGGUGCCCCAAGCAAGCUCACCAAGCCUUUCCUGGAGUACCAGGGCCAGUGCCCCUUGCCUCCCGUGACAGGUGCAUGGUGCAGGGUCCAGGGAAGGGAUGGUGAGGAAGGCCAGUUCUGGGUGGGCUCCAGUGGCUUCUUUACCUGAUUUGGAAUGGCGGAGAGGAGGGAGAGGAUCUUCCCUGUAUCUUCCAGGGAAGGACCCGGAGUUUGAUGCAGCACAUGGGACUCCCCUGACCGAGUGGUUACCUCUCUUUUCCCCAUCGUAACCAGGCCCUGUCCAAUUACCCAAGAGCCAUUUCUCCUAAAUAGUGGGCGUCCUUCCCUGCCCCGGGGUCUGCCCUGAGGAGCAGGUGCUGCCACAGGGCAUUUGCACUGGUCCCACUGCUCAGCUCUCAGCUCGUGGGUUCUCCCAUCUUUCCCUCUGGGCUCAGGCAGCCCCCGACUUCUCAUGCUCCCUGUUGCUCACUGCUUUCCAGGUCGAGCCUGCCGACCACCCGGCCUGCUCGCACUUUUCUGAUCCUGUUGGUCUCCUCCCACACCACACCUCCUGGUCUUGGCCCACCCCUCCAGCCCUGUGGCCCCCUGGGCCUCUGCCUCUGUCCUUUCUCCUUCUGCCCCAUGGUUUUUAUGUUCCACAUGCUUUCACAGGGUUUAACUCUAUACUGGUUUCAUUUCCAGACUGUGCAAGGCAAUUCCUUUCCCUCCUAGUUAACCCCCUGGCUGCUGGAGGAUGGGCACGAGUGAUCCUUAUCUCCUCUCGUCCCCUCCCGUGCAGUGCCCAGCUCAGUGCUCCUCGGGUGGAGAGGGUGGGAAGUGCCCACCGGGCUGGUCAGCUCGCACCAGUGCCGUGAGCUCCGCUGCGGGCCCGCCUUCCCCUGCUGGUGUAGGCAGUGGCCCUCAGUGUGUGCGGCUGGUACACGGCUGGCGCGUGGUUGUGCCCAAUGGCCGGUGUAUUGCCCGGUUGGGAGGGUGGGGUUCAGCCCACUUGGUAGACACGGGGUGGGCAGGCAGCCUCAUGCACCCUGUGCUGUCCGUGUCCCUCUCCUACUCGGAGCCCCAGCGAAACCCUAAAUCCUCCUUCAGACAACUAUCUUUCUAGACCAUUCUUUAAACCCAGGUAACAUUGUGCCGGGCUGUGGAGCUGAGCUGACACCUACUCUCUCAUCCUAAAGGUAAUGAUAGCAAGAUGCAAACAUUUCACCGUCCUCUCUGCUAAUCUUCCGUCGUAACCCACCACGGAGAUUGACUUCAGUCAUCCCUCACUGCCUUUUAAUGGUUAAUUGGCCGCGGGCUGGUUAAUGAGCCAGGGGCCAGCCUGUCCUAGACGGUGGAAGAUGUGCGGGGCCAGAGCAAAGGUUUGUCUGACGGAAGAAUGGCGGGGCCAUGCGGUGCUUCUCACGCUGGGGCGGAAGGAAAGCACACAUCCCCGCGGGGGUAGCUACAUCUGCGUGCGGGUGUAUGCGAGCGCGCCCACCGCGUGCGGGUCCCGGUGCGCAGGGCCGGGUGUGCGGAUCGGGUGUGCGGAUCCCAAUGCAUGGAUUCUGGCUUGUGAAUCAGGUGUGCGGAUCCCAGGGUGCUGAUUGGGGUAUAGAUUCUGAUGCGUUGAUCCUGGCGCAUGGAUCAGGUGCGCAGGUCACAGUGUGCGAAUCGGUUGUGCGGAUCCCCCUGCGCGGGUCCCCCUGCGCGGGUCCCGGAGUGCGGAUCGCAGUGUGCAGGUCCCGAUGCGUGGAUCGCGCCGUGCGGAUCCCGCUGCGCGGAUGGAGCGGAGGCCGAUUCACCUCCCACGGCCGAAGGAUAACGCCAGAAUUCUCUGUGCUUAGAGAGCGUACUUGGGUGCUUGGGGACGAAGGGCAGGUUCGGGACACACUUCAAGGGGAGACGGAGGCCCCCCUGGCGGCCUGGGCACCCGCCCUCCCCCCAUGCAGGGACACAGGCCGCCAGGGCCCGAGCACCGCCGCCAGCGUGCCAGGCACCAGCCCCUGCAGGGGCGCGUGUGUCUCCUGGUCGCUUGGCGCUCAAGGAUGUGCCCCGUUUUGUCCCGUUGGGCAGUGACCCCUGCUCUGACGCGUCUCUUUCCCCGCCCCCGCCCUGUUCUUGUGCUUUCGGGAAGAGAGAACCACAGCGAGAUCGAGAGGCGGCGGCGGAACAAGAUGACGCAGUACAUCACAGAGCUGUCGGACAUGGUGCCCACAUGCAGCGCGCUGGCCCGCAAGCCGGACAAGCUCACCAUCCUCCGCAUGGCCGUGUCGCACAUGAAGUCCAUGAGGGGCACCGGCAACAAGUCCACGGACGGCGCCUACAAGCCCUCCUUCCUGACGGAGCAGGAACUGAAGCACCUCAUCCUGGAAGCAGCAGACGGCUUUCUAUUCGUGGUGGCGGCAGAGACUGGACGCGUGAUUUACGUGUCUGAUUCCGUCACCCCUGUGCUGAACCAGCCCCAGUCAGAAUGGUUUGGGAGCACACUGUACGAACAGGUGCAUCCUGACGACGUGGAGAAGCUCAGAGAGCAGCUGUGCACCUCAGAAAACUCCAUGACAGGCCGGAUCCUGGACCUGAAGACGGGGACGGUCAAGAAGGAGGGACAGCAGUCUUCCAUGAGGAUGUGCAUGGGCUCACGGAGGUCUUUCAUCUGCAGGAUGAGGUGUGGAAACGCUCCUCUGGACCACCUCCCUCUGAACAGAAUAACCACCAUGAGAAAAAGGUUCAGGAACGGCCUUGGUCCCGUGAAAGAAGGGGAGGCCCAGUACGCUGUGGUCCACUGCACGGGGUACAUCAAGGCGUGGCCCCCGGCAGGAAUGACUAUCCCCGAGGAGGACGCCGAGGUGGGGCAGGGCAGCAAGUACUGCCUCGUGGCCAUCGGAAGACUCCAGGUGACCAGCUCUCCCGUGUGCAUGGACAUGAGUGGGAUGUCAGUGCCCACGGAGUUCUUAUCCCGGCACAACUCUGACGGGAUCAUCACGUUCGUGGACCCGAGAUGCAUCAGCGUGAUCGGCUACCAACCCCAGGAUCUUCUAGGGAAGGACAUUCUGGAAUUCUGCCACUCCGAGGACCAGAGCCACCUGCGCGAGAGCUUUCAGCAGGUGGUGAAGCUCAAGGGCCAGGUGCUGUCAGUCAUGUACCGGCUGCGCACCAAGACGCGCGAGUGGAUGCUGAUCCGCACCAGCAGCUUCACGUUCCAGAACCCCUACUCCGACGAGAUGGAGUACGUCAUCUGCACCAACACCAACGUCAAGCAGCUCCAGCAGCAGCAGGCGGAGUUGGAAGUGCACCAGCGGGACGGGCUGUCGUCCUACGACUUAUCGCAGGUUCCCGUCCCCAACCUGCCAGCUGGCGUUCACGAAACUGGGAAGUCCGUGGAGAAGGCGGAUGCCAUCUUCUCCCAGGAAAGGGACCCCCGGUUCGCUGAGAUGUUUGCGGGGAUCAGUGCAUCGGACAAGAAGAUGAUGAGCUCAGCGCCCGCGGCCGGGACGCAGCAGAUCUACUCCCAGGGCAGCCCGUUCCCCCCGGGGCACUCCGGGAAGGCCUUCAGCUCUUCCGUGGUCCAUGUGCCCGGCGUGAAUGACAUCCAGUCCUCCUCGUCGACCGGCCAGAACAUGUCCCAGAUCUCCCGCCAACUGAACCAGAGUCAGGUGGCCUGGACAGGGAGCCGGCCGCCCUUUCCUGGACAGUCCGGCAAGACUCAGUCAUCUCCCUUUGGGAUUGGCACGAGCCACACCUACCCGGCGGACCCGUCCUCCUACAGCCCCCUCUCCAGCCCAGCUACCUCCUCGCCCAGCGGGAACGCCUAUUCCAGUCUCGCCAACCGGACGCCAGGGUUUGCCGAGAGUGGACAGAGUAGCGGGCAGUUCCAAGGGCGGCCGUCGGAAGUCUGGUCGCAGUGGCAAAGCCAGCACCACGGUCAGCAGAGCGGUGAGCAGCAUCCCCACCAGCAGCCCGGUCAGACCGAAGUGUUCCAGGACAUGCUACCCAUGCCCGGAGAUCCGACCCAGGGGACCGGCAACUAUAACAUCGAAGACUUCGCGGACCUGGGCAUGUUCCCGCCGUUUUCUGAGUAGCGGCAGGCAGAGCGCGGCCAGCGCUGGGCCGAGCCCCGUGCGCGAUGCCGGCGCCCCCCAUGUUGGCGGGGUCCCCCCACACCCUGUUUGCCCCGCUGCGGGACCCCCCAGCAGAAGGCAUCUCACCCCCCCGCCACCCCUGGCACAGUAUUGCUCAGGCCACAGCCAGGGAUGCCCAGCCACCCACCGGGAGCCCUGGUAGACAUGCGGGGGCCGUUGUAUUUAUUGUACUUUCUCUGUGUAUGUUUGGGAGGUGAGUCUGCUGGCUCUCGAGGUCUGGUUGUGAAUAAUGUCGUAGUCGACCGUGUUCACCUGGAAGACGUCCAGUCACAAUCCCGAGUGCCCAGGCCUGCCCAGGACACGGGAAUCAGGUUUCUUCUUGCCUUCGACAUCUGUGGACAGGUGGGGCUUGGGCGCUGGAAGGGGGGUGAGCAGGACGCGUGGCCUUUGUUCUCCGAACUAGGACCCAGAGGAGACCCCACUCCCCCAUCCCCAGCUCAGCCAAGUCUGUGUGUGCAUCUGUCCGUCUGUCCCUCGUGCUGUGGGGUGUGUGUGCUCUGUGCAGUGUGACGUGAAUCCCUGUCCCAGUGGGUGUGCUGUGCCCCGUGUGUGUCAUGUGGCCAGAGUAAGCAGCCAGGAUCCAGGGUGCGUCAUGGCUGAGGGCCCGCACAGACAGCCCUUGCCUCCAGCUCAGCAGCGCCCCGGCCGGACUGCGCUUGGCCCGCGGUCUGGGCGCCGGGCUGGUGGGCUGCGCAGAGCAGGCUGGCAUUUCGGUGUCACCGAGUCCUGGCUGGGAACGUGCUUGUUUUAAUGGGUCCACUCCCGCGUCCAGGCGCCCCUCUAAGAGGAUGCGGCCACCUCCUCUCCCAGGAGGCCCUGAGGGAGUGCGGGCCCUUCCCGCUUACUGUGGGUGUCCCCCUCCCGGGUUGCAGCCCGCGCCCGCCGAGGGCCCACCUUGAGGUCACAGAGCCCGAGGGAAGGCAGGAUGUCCAGGCCUCCCCGUCCUUCUGAGCCUCCUCCCCCAGCGCCCGCCGUGGCAGCCACAGCACUCUCGGCUACCCCGGACAGGUUCGGACGUGGACUCCUGUGCAGAGACAGGCUCUUAGAAACGCCUCCCGCUGUGCCGCUGGGGACGGUGGCGCCUUGUGGGGGCUGAGUGCAGGUCUGUGAGGCACAAGGCCGGGCUUCGUGGUCCGAUUCUGGUACACACUCCCCGGGGCCUUGCAUUGUCCAGGUGGUCUCAAGACAGAAGGAAGAGUGACUCUAGAAGCUUCUGCCCGGCUGAGCCCAUGGUCCCUGGCUUGCUGUGUUUCCCGGUACUCAGUGACCUCAUGUCCCCCUUGUGCCAUGCACUGAGGCGGGCUCCCAGUCUCUCGUCUCUGACUUUCCUGACAGCCACGCUUCCGUUUGUCCUCCCCAUCCGUGGGCUCGCAGACUCCCGUGUGGGACGGAAGCCACGCUUGCCCUGGGCAGGUGGUGGUGUCCUCCUCCCAGGAAGUCCCUGCAUCCCUCCUAGGGCCCUCCAGGCAGACCUUCUCAGGCACUGGCUCAGAAAUACCCCACCCUGGGAUUUCGGAGGACCCUGUGGAGUGCGGGGGCUUCUGAGCUGCCUGAGAGCAGAGUGAGCCCAGCCUGCGGAAAGGAGCGGGGUCAGGGGUUGCACGAGCCUCUGCUUUGCUGUGCAUUAAGCGCCGGCCCCGUGGGAGUCCAGAGGGGACCUCUGUGCCCUGUCUCGCUGGGGGGCUCCACCGGCAGAAGGCCGGCGUUGUGCAGUGGUCAGCUGUGGCCAGGAGUCGGCUGCAGGUGCUCCCAGCUCCAAGAAAGAGUCCACACGGGCUGAACCGUUCCCAGAGCGGCUCUUAGACCUUCACGCACAGCGGUGAUUGGGUCCUGGGUUUAAGGUCCUUUUCCCCCCAGGACUUGGGUGGAGCCAACCCCAUGCACCACAACAGUGCCAGAGCCAGAGGGGUUCCCCUGUGUGGGCCCCGCCCUUGGGGUCCCCUCCGCCCCCACAGCCUGAGCCAACCCCAGGCAGGGGCACGACCAUUUCCAAGAAAGGCACAGAAAUCACUUUCAGAUCAAAGAACGGUUUCUCCGUGAAACGAAAACAGACUUUCUGUGGCCUUUCACCUGUGAGUUUGGAAGUUUUGGGCUUUCAUGUUCGUUUUUUCAUUUCCCGGAGAGAACUAGGGGUUUCCUGAGAGGUGCCCCUCAGCCUGACGCUGUGACCUGGGCUGUGCUGGACACCGAGGGGGUGUGGGCGGGGCGGGAGAGCCUGGUCCCCAACAGCCCUGCAGCCACUUCUGUCUGUCCCUGAAGGCUCGGUCCUGGAAGGCGGGGACCGCCGGUGACCGUAGGCCGGGCAUGAUGGGGAAUGUCGUGACUGGGCGGCCCGGCCUCCUGGGCUCCCAGCCCUGUCCCAGGAGCGCCCCGCAGGGAAGCCGAUGGCAGUCCGACCGGCUGGUGUGAGCGCUCUUUCCUCUCCACUCCCCACCCCGCUCCUUGCUUGUGAUUCCUGGAAGCCAUCCCGUGGCCAGUACAGAAACAGGACUGGGAGGAUCUCUGACCCAAGAGAUGUCCCCUUGAGGAAUCUUGUGACGGACCAGAAGAAGAGUUCGAGCUGCUGAGGGUCUCAUCCUGGUUUGGAGGAGAGCGCCCCGUGCCAGGCCAGGGCAGCCAAGAGGGGACCGUGCGUGGACCCAGCUGUUGGUACGUCCUCCAGCCAGGCCCAGCCCAGACUCCUGUCCCGCCGGAGACGCAGCCCAGCUGGGCUGGGACUCACUCCCUCACUCAUGCCUGCUCUCCUUGAGCCCAGAGGGUGGGCCUUCCACAGAACAGGCCGGGACUGCGGUGGCCUGGGCCCGGGGCGAGGACACAAAGCAGCCAUUUUGAGGCUCACCCGAGACUUGACUAGUGACGGUGGCCAUGGGCAAGGAGGUUCUAGAACAUUCUACCUAUAUGUCCCUCCCACGAGUUUUGUCUUUAGCUGCGGUUUCAGGGAGUGACGGUGCCAUCACCAACGGCCGCAUUCUCCUCGGCUUCCCGAGACAUGCAACGCACCCCUACACUGUUGCACGUGUCCGUUACAGAGGGGGAGCUGCCGAGAGUUGAGGGAACGUCCUUCGGGGGCUCGGACCUCUCAGCCAGUGAAGAGACCGUGUCUCCCCCAGAUUAGCCACAUGUGACCGGGACCUCCCAUCCCUGUCCGCUAGCCUUUGCCAAGUGACGGGACAACCCCGGGGAAAUGAGCCGUGGUCUCAUCCUCGUACGCCAGCCCCUGGGAGCAGCCGAGCUCUGCCCGGCCCAUGGGCUCCCUGCCAGUAUGACCUGUCAUGUAGCCAGACCGACCAAAGUGCUGGUGGGUCACGAGUCAGGGUACAAGUGGCCUUGGUUGUACCAGAAACCCUGAGUCUGGUCGUUCCUUGCCAGGGGUCCCUUCCCUCCUCCCUCCACCAGAUCCUCGUGGGGCGUGCUAAGGGGUCACUCUACCUUUCCCUCAGCUGCCCGGGGCCCGACACAACUCAGAGAGGCACCCCACCGGGCUGCAGGCCACUGUUCGCCUAGAGAUGUGCCUGGGUCUGGUGGCCAAAGCUGGUGUUGUGGUCCAGCAGCCCCCCCAAAGCCUGCAUGGGGCCACCCACUGGGGAGGGGCCAGGCUGGCCGGAUGUGGGGCGACUGGCUCCCCGGGACAGCCUUGUUCUUUGGCAAGGACGGGCUUCCGUGGACUCUGUAAGCACGCCGUCAUUUCCCUUGUAGCCUUUCUCGUAUGGCUGUGAGCUGUGCUGUGGAUACAUCCUCCUGUGUAUUUCUGGAAUGUUCUCUCGGACUAACGGUUAUUGAGUUGGUUGUGUAUAUGUGUAACUAAUGUAACUGCCUUUUCAGAUUUCAUCACAAUAAAGAUGACUUUGUUCUGAAC